CGCUGCAGCGCCGUAGCGGGCUGAGUGUGGUGCUUGACUGCCAGUGGAGCCACCGUCUCUCUCUCAAGCGAAGUGCAAGCUCAGAUAUCAAGGCUGUUUACGUUGCCUUUAAACUUUUGAAGGGUCUGAGGAACAGCGUGCUUGAAUGUCUCAAAGGUAUGACAGACUGUUUCAUGAAACAGAUCUCUAAAUGAACUGGAGCAGAGGAUCGAAACUGUGGCAUAAAGCACAAUGACGGCACAGUCAGACGUUCACUGGUGAUUGGAGCUGGGUAAGCAGUGAUGAUGCGUUGUCUGGCAGCCCGUGUUCACUACAAGACCUUGAUAGUGAUCUGCGCUCUCCUCUCUCUGCUCACAAUCGUUCUGUGGAACAAAUGUACGAGCGAGAAAGAGCUGCGCUUCCUGCCCCGGCACCCCCAGCCCCCUCCCAGCCCAAAAAUAGACAGCCAUCCACAGCAGCCCCAGCCUCCUGAACCUCCACCUGUAGUUGGCGGAGUGCGCUACGAAGAGAUUGACUGCCUGAUCAAUGACGAUGCCACCAUUAAGGGCCGCCGAGAAGGCAGUGAGGUAUACCUGCCAUUCAGCUGGAUGGAGAAGUACUUUGAGGUGUACGGCAAGGUGGUACAGUACGACGGCUACGAUCGAUUUGAGUUUUCGCACAGUUACUCCAAAGUAUAUGCCCAGAGAGAGCCGUACCACCCCAGCGGAGUCUUCAUGUCUUUUGAGGGGUAUAACGUGGAGGUGCGUGACAGAGUCAAGUGCAUCAGUGGAGUGGAAGGAGUACCUUUGUCCACCCAGUGGGGCCCUCAAGGGUAUUUCUAUGCUAUCCAGAUAGCUCAGUAUGGCCUGAGUCAUUACAGUAAGAACCUGACAGAGCGGGCACCACACAUGGAAGUGUAUGACACAGCGGAGGAGAGAGACAGCAGGUCCAGCACGUGGACUGUCCCUAAAGGCUGUUCUCUCACCAGAGUCUAUGACAUGACCAGAGCCACAUCAGUACGACAGUUCAGCGCUCCAGAAAACUCAGAGGGUGUCUCACUUCCUCUUGGCAACACUAAAGAUUUCAUCAUCUCUUUUGACCUGAAGUUUACAUCUAACGGUAGCGUCUCCGUCAUCUUGGAGACCACAGAGAAAGGUCCUCCAUUUGUUAUCCACUACAUCACCACCACCCAGCUCAUUUCUUUCAAGGACCGUGACAUCACCUACGGGAUCGGCUCUCGGACUGCAUGGACCACGGUCACCCGUGACCUUCUCACUGACCUCCGCAAAGGCAUUGGCCUCUCCAACACCAAAGCGGUCAAAGCCACCAAGACCAUGCCACGACGUGUCGUAAAGUUAGUGGUGCACGGCCACGGGAUGAUCGACAAUAUCACAAUCUCCACAACAUCACACAUGGCGGCUUUUUUCGCAGCCAGCGACUGGUUGGUGCGCAACCAGGACGAGCGUGGUGGUUGGCCGAUCAUGGUGACUCGUAAACUCGGGGAGGGUUUCCGUGCGCUGGAGCCAGGUUGGUAUUCGGCCAUGGCACAGGGGCAGGCCAUGUCCACUCUAGUGCGUGCCUAUCUAAUGAAGAAAGAUGACACGUACCUAAAGGCCGCCCUGCGUGCCACCGGACCUUUCAAACUGCCAUCGGAGCAGCACGGCGUCAAAGCAGUGUUCAUGAACAAGUAUGACUGGUAUGAGGAGUACCCCACAAUCCCUAGCUCCUUCGUUCUGAACGGGUUUAUCUAUUCCCUCCUAGGCCUGUAUGACGUGGCACAAACCGCCGGUGAGAAGCUCGGUCGGGACGCAGGUCAGCUGUACAGCAAGGGGAUGGAGUCCUUAAAAGUUAUGCUGCCCCUGUAUGACACGGGGUCGGGCACCAUAUAUGACCUGCGCCACUUUAUACUGGGCACGGCGCCCAAUCUGGCCCGUUGGGACUACCAUACGACGCACAUCAACCAGCUCCAGCUGCUGGGUACUAUUGACAACUCGCCCAUCUUCAGGGACUUCGUCAAGCGCUGGAAAAGCUACCUGAAAGGAGGGAGGGCCAAGCACAACUAAAGCGGAGCACACCUCUGCGAUCAUUUCAGGCCCUCACUUCCUCUUCCCGACUGCCACCAUGAGGGCCACUGUGUCUAGCGAGGAGAAAGAAUGGCUGAACACUUCAGAUUUUUCUGUUUGAGACAGUAAUUGCAGUGCUUCUUGCGUCUGUGCUAAGGUUUUAAUUAGGUACAAAUGCAGCUGCUUGCGGCAUGUGUCUGAAUAAGGAAGAGGGAGGGCUUAGGUAUUUAAAAUUCAAAGCUCCAGAUCUGCAAGUCUGAGUGAGAAACGCGUCUGCUGAGAUUUGCCACAUUUGGGCGGAAAAGCAGCUUUCAGAACCUUCUUCCAAAGUAAAGCUCAGAAGAUAAUUAGUCAUCAAUUGUCGAGAAAUAAGAGAACAAACUUUAGCUGCAAUAGUUAUUUAAGUUUAUAGCCUGUGAGCAGAACAUUACUGCAUAUAAGCUACGGAUAAAAAUGCUGAAAAUGUCCUCAAGUGUAGCAUUACUAUAUGUCACAGAGCACUGAAGGUUUACUCACCUUUUGUUCAACACACUGUCCAGCCUUCGGUCUGCAUUUCAUAAUUCCACAAUCAGAUUUAGCUGUCACUAAUGCGGCUCAGUCCUGUCCAGAAUGCACUUAAAGCUUUAGAGAGGUGGUCGCAGGUCACUUGCUUCAUGUUUACAACAGAUUUCAGGAAACAUAGCUGUAGUUUUUAAGACACCACUGUGCUGGACUAACAAACGCAGAGGCUGCUUUUUGAGAAAUCUGAGGGAGUCUGAAUGGUUGUAUAGCUGGUGUUCAUCCCUGUAAGACGUCAAACCUCAGUUAAAUUGUAGACGGGUCAUGCACUUUACUUGUGUGGCAUGUGUGUGUGGUGAAGAUGCGUUUAUACAGCCAUGUAAUGAAUUAUGACUUCAUUUUUUACAUCAAUCCAGUUUUUUCUCUCACUUUCAUGCCUUAAUGGCAAUUAAUCAUUUUAAGGGAAUUUUACACUUUUGUUUGCUGAUUGCAAGUUUAUUGUAGCUGAACCCAUUUCCUUAAAUUACUCACCAUUUUUUUUAUCAGGUGAUUCUUUUAUAAAAUUUAUUUGUAGACAGCUGUAUUAUUUUUUUUUAGAUAUAUUAUUUUUAUAAGUAACAUCAAUUGCUGUAAUAUGGAGCAAAAGAAUGAAAAUGUUUCUUUCACAUUUAGUUGAAUAAUUUGCAUCUCAACCAAGCAAAAAGAUGCCGUUUCAUGUAUUAAAUAUAUACUAAUGAUCAGUACUUCCUCAUUAAAAUAUUGAAAUGAUUUGCAUGUAAAACUAUAGCAUCUGUUUUUUUUGUUGUUGGUGUUUUGUUUUGUUUUUUAUCCAAAAGCGUCUCCUCACAUCCCCAAAAUCAUUUCAGCAGCCUUCUGACUAGUGCAGCCAAGUGUCUGAGACUACAGAUAGAGUUCAAAAGAGUUUUGGCUGUGUCACUUCUCAGUGUUUCUCAGAGCGGUCAGCUGCUUGACCUCAGCAGUAAAAGCUCCACCUGGCUGAAUCCUGUCGAUCUUAAUCUCAACUAACCACAGCGGCUAAAAUGCCGGGAUUUUAUCCCAUUAUCUGGCAUCCUGCUGUUCUGAACCAUUUCAAACAGAUGUUCACAUUCCAGUGUGGGCUUUUGGCUUCAGAUUUUUUUUUUAGCAAAUAAAUGUCAGAGAAGAAAAAUGUGGCAUUUCUGAAUGUUUGAUCUGAAAGAUUCUGAUUUGUUUGGCAGAGAUAGAGUUUAGAAACUAUGGGUGCUUUAGACCGGAGGCGUAGUUUUUGUGUUGACCUUUUUUGGUUUAAAAAUCAUGUUUUCUCAUGAAAAUCAGGUUGCUUGUAGUCUCACCGACACAGAUCUCACAUAUAAUACUAUGCACAUUUCAUACUUAUUGCUUAAUGAACAGACAGACAUAUAUUUAAAGGAGAAAAGACAUUAGCAUGAGUGAGGCAUAGAGCUACAUUUCAUUUAUACUGUACCAAAGUCUUUAAAGUUUGGGUUAUUUUUUUUUUUAAACUUUAGUUUUUGUAUUGUGCUGUUUGGAAGACCAUGGAGCAUUUGUCUAGUUUUUUUUUUUUUUUUUUUUGAUGAUGAAAGAGGAAAGAUGAUGUGACUAAAGGAACACUUUGAGGUGGUAGUUACAUGCCUCCUCUUUCCGAAGAAAUGCCUUUUGAUACUGCUUUUUUUUUCACCUUCAGUCUAGAUUUGUAUAAAAUGGAGUGGGUAUAGAAGGGAACUGGGAGUAUUAUUAAUCACUGCUAUCAGUGGGGAUGUGUGCAAAUCUUGAUGUAGAGCUAGUGCUCAGUGCUACAUAUUUCAAAAGGGAAAAGAGAGACUUGGAACACUAUGUCUGUUUUUGAAAGCCUUGUUUCAAAGCAGCCUCCUUUUCGAGUUUAGUUUACCAAACGUUGUUUGCAUUUGAGAACUCCUUAGAGUAAGCAAUGUUAAAGCACAACUAUAGUUUCUUUAAUUAAUUUAUUCUCAUCUCUCUCUCUUUUUAAACAAUGUUUCCAGUCUGGACUAUGUGCAAAGCCUUCCUCUGCAAGCUGCUGCAGUUUAGAAACCGUAGAAAAGAGUAGAACAGGUUCUUCUUUUUUUUCUGUUUUAUUUCAUUCUUGGGUUAUAAAUUGACAUGCGAGGUGUAUUUCAUGUGUAUGCAAUAAAUGGUUGAACUGGAUCGCAACAGCUGCACACCCAGAGGUUGUACAGACUUUGCAAAGGAAGCACAAUGUGCGAUCAUUUUUAUGCAGGAAAAAUGUUUAUUAAAGUCUUUGUGCUUUAAAUUGCUUUUUUAAAAUUGUAUAAAUAAAGGCAUUUCGUUUUAUACA